AUGACUCAUAUCUUUGAUGACUUAACCCACAAUCAGGUCAAGUGUUACAUCACUGAUUUAGUUGUCAAGAGCAAGGUUAAAGAGGCUCACCUUUAUGACUUAAGAUUCAUUUUCGAGCAAUUGCGCCGCUACAAGUUAAAAAUGAAUCCUCUAAAGUAUUCCUUCGAUGUCACUUCAGUAAAGUUCUUAGGAUUCAUAAUGAGGAACCAUGGAAUCAAGAUUGAUAUUGCCAAAACUGAAGCCAUCCUAGAUAUGCCACCUCAUAAGAGCCUUACUCAAUCAAGGUCUCUUCAAGCAGAAGAUUCGUCGAAAAUCUGUUGGAAACAUUUCCGGCAGAUUAUUUUACGCUGGAAGUCCUUUUACGACGUGAACCAAUCCGGCACACGACAUUCCGCCGGAAAGUGCGCCGGAAACCUAGAUUUUCGUCGGAUUUCACAUGUUACCGGCGGAUAUAAUCCGUCGGUAAUAGCGGGUUUCCUGUAG